AUGGCGCUUUCAUACAAACUAUCUCGCUGUAAUGUAUUUGGAGGAUAUAAAAAAGUGUGGCAGUUGGCGGAGUCCAAACGCUUAGGACCAAUACAUAAUCUUCACACUUGCAAGCUCGUGUCCUAUGAGAAAUUGCAUGACGUCACGACAAGAAUGUCCGUUCCCGCUUUAGUGAGCGUCGAUUGGCUUGAUAACAAUAAGAACUCGGUAACUUUACUGGAUGCUACGUAUGAAGUACAACCAAAACGUAAUCAUAAGGAAUUCAAAGAAAAACACUAUGCCAGAUUUAAGGAGUUGAUGCUUGAAAAGGCAAACUACACUCAAAAUUACUCGACUGAGCACAUUCCCGGAGCUGUACUUUUCGACGUUGGUGUAGCUUAUUAUCCGAGCCAGUACAUUCGUUACGAUCUUUAUCCACCAAAAGAGUUUGAAAAGUAUGUCAAACUUUUGGGAGUGAACAAUGGUGACCAUGUGGUAGUCUACUCACGAGGUCCUGGUACUGGAAUGCUCUGGGCGGCACGAGUGUGGUGGACAUUCAAGGUAUACGGUCACAACAAGGUAUCGGUGCUGAAUGGAGGACUUGGUGCUUGGAAAAAUGCCAGUAAGCCUGUGACAAGUGAUGUUGUAGUAGUUGCGUCCGGCAACUGGAUGGCAAAACCGAUCGAUAAAUCACUGCUAAUCACAUUCGAGGAACUAGAUCAGAAGAAUUCGGAUGGGAAGUCACUUUUCCAGGAUUUGACUAAGAUAAAUUACUUGGACGCUCGUCCAGCAGGGGUUUUCAAUGGUACUGAACCUCUUGGGAUACCAGCAGAAGGUGCUACUGGUGCCCACCUGAAGGGUGCUAAGAAUGUGCCAUUGGCGAAGGUUGUAGGUGAACAUGGAAUGAAGUCAAAAGAAGAGAUUGAGGAGACUCUCAAAAAUGCCGGGUACGAUGGUAGCCUUCUUACAGUAGCUGCAUGCAAUGGUGGUGUGCAAGCGUCAUUACUAGCCUUAGCCUUGGAUCAUGCUGGGAAAAAAUAUAGAGUGUACAACGGCAGCAUGUUCGAAAUUGGAUAUCUUAUCUGUGGCGAUGACACAGGAGAAACUGCGAAUUUGCAAACUCCUCGCAGAUGUGCCUGUGCUCAUCCGUCAAAAUCUCCUCAAGUCAAGGUAGGUAACACCACCUGGAAUAGCUUUUCUAUGUUAUCAGAUACUAUCAAAACGCAGGGCCACACUAGUUCAAUCCUGAACGAUGUCCAAGUCCAUGUCAAUGACAAAACUUUCGCCGCUAGUAAUUGA